AUGACCGAGAUCUCAUACAGUUAUUCACGCCUCGCGCGCGAUUUUCGACGAAUCCCGGAAUUCCAGGCCAAUGAGACGGAGAUACUGACAGAUAUCGCGCCCAACCCCAGUACGAAGGAUAACUACACCACGCUGAACCCACGCGAGGUUCAAAUCCAGAAUGCGCCUAAGCUUUCCGAGGCCAGCACGAACACGGAGCGUGUUAAACUGCGUAGCCACCCCCAAACGCACUUAGAGGCUGGAUGGCCGAACACCGUGGAUCCGACCGAGUUUGAGGAGAAGAUGAAGUACUGCAAAAAGGUAGAACGUGAGGAGGGCUACUUAAGUUCCUGCAUGCGAUUAGUCGACCAGUGCAUUGAGAAAUGCAUCAAACAAAACGACGCGAUUGACAUCUACGGGGAGUACUUCCAGGACCUCCCUGCCGGGGAACAGGAGGAGAUCGGCCCCGCCUCCUCCAAAAUCGUCGCCGUUUUCAAGGACCCGAGCCCGAUGAAGCGGACCGCGGCCGCGCUGUCCUGGCAGGGCGACGGCCGAAAGCUCGCCGUGGGCUACUGCCGACUAAAAUUCCAAAGCCACCUGCCCACGAUGAGCGCGAACUCCCACAUCUGGGAUGUGCUGAACCCGAACGAGCCGACCGAGACCCUCGUCGCGGCCUCCCCGCUCUGCAGUAUUGAGUACUACACCAAGGACCCGCACUUCAUCGCCGGCGGGAGCUGGAAUGGUGUAGUGCAGUACUGGGAUUGCCGCCAGCCCAACCGUCCUGCCGCGCAUUCCCUCGUGGAUGAGAGCCACAAGGACCCGGUUUGGGCCGUGCGGUGGCUCCAGAGCAAGUCCGGCGAGCUCCUCUCCGUCUCCACCGACGGCAACGUCUACGUCUGGGACUGCCGGCUGCCCGACAAGCCCAGCGAGAUCCACUCCAUCGCCGAUGAUAACCUGGUUUUACAGCCCAAGAGCACGGACGGGGCUGGGCGGUGUGAUGUCCUCGGGGGGCUCUGCCUGGACUACGACCCCCAGGUCGGGGGCCCGUCCAAGUACAUGAUCGGCACCGAGCAAGGCGUGAUCCUCUCUUGCAACCGCAAAGGCAAGACGCACCAGGAGAAGAUCGGGUCCAACAGCUUUGUUGGGCACCACGGCCCCGUCUACAGCGUCCAGCGCAACCCCUCCUUCUCGAAGUACUUCCUCUCUGUUGGGGACUGGACGGCGCGGCUGUGGUUCGAGGACUUCAAGUUCGCCCCGACCUUCAGCACCUUCUACCACGAGGCCUAUUUGACCAGUGGGGCCUGGCACCCGGUCCGGCCCGGGGUCUUUUUCACCACCCGCAUGGACGGCCACCUCGACAUCUGGGACCUCAUGCUGCGGCAGACCACCCCCUCCCUCAGCCUGCACGUCUCCGACUACGCCCUGCACGCGCUCAAGCCCAGCCACGACGGCCGGGUCGUCGCCACCGGCGGCAUCGACGGCAACGUCACCCUGCUCGAGCUCUCGCCCUCGCUUUGCGGCCUCGCGCCGGACGAGCGGAACGUCAUCGGGCAGCUCUUCGAGAACGAGAGCCUGCGGGAUAAGAACCUCGAGCGCGCCUUUAAGGAAAAGCGAGCGGCGGCGCGGCAACGGGCGAGCCACCGCGGCUCCACCCGCGGAAGCAUCGUCAAGCCGAACGAGGGCGACCUCGGCGACCUCGAGACCGUCGCCCGGCAGUACCUCGACGGCGUCAACAAGGAAAAGGAGGAGGAGAUCCAGGCCCGGACUGAGAUUGACGAGGUCCGCGAUAAGCUUUUCAAGGAUAUCGAAGAUGGCGUGGACCUCGGUGAAAAGGUCUAUCCCGCGAACAACCGGGCCCUUAAAUCUUAG